AUGAGCCAGAGCCUCCUUAUCACCUUCUACGAAGAAGCCCAGCCAGACCAUCGCGGCCGCUAUCUAUCAGGCAUCCUUAAUUGGAAUGCCAACAAGCUGGAGUCAGCUCAUGACUAUAUCCAAAUCGUCUUUCCGCUGCCUGAAGAGUCUGGCGUUCAAUGGAACGCGCCAACGAUUAAUCGUCCAGUGUUUGAUGCCUUCCGUACCCGGCCUGAGUUGAGAGAAAGAAUGAAGGACUCUUUCAAAAAAAUGAUGUGGUUCUAUGGUUUUGUAUUAGUGGAGACAGACGAUAGCAUCAGGGUUCAUAAGGGUGCAAACUGGAACAAUCAUUCUGGCCACUGGGAUGUCCGAUUCGAUCAUAAUCACCUUCGCAUCACCAGAAUUAUUCGCUGUCUACGCGUCCUUGGUCUCGAGGAUGAGGCUCAGGCCUUCUACGAUGCCCUUGAGCAGAAUGCUCUGCGAGUCAGUGCUCGGUCGCGCGAGUACUGGCGCCGUGCUGCUCGGAGAACAUUGAAUCUUCGUCCAGAUCUCGAGGAUCGCCAGAUAGACGGUGAUGAUGACCUCAGCGUCGGCCCAAAGUUUCUAAGAGAGUUUGAGGAGCUUCAAAGGCACAUCGCGGAGUCGAAGAAGGCCGAUGACAGUAUUUCUGGUACGGUUGGAAUAGGCAUCGGCGCUCUGGGUGAAACUGCGGAGAAGGAAUAUCCAGUCGAAGAGCAGAAUGGAACGGGGUUGGUUGGGAUGGAGGGAGCAGAUUUGAAAGGCACUAACACCAAAGAGCCGGCCGUUAAGCACGCCAGUAGAGUAGGAACUGAAGGAAAUGAAGCCAGUCCCAAAGUCGGCAAUGAGAUGGAAGGACCCAAACUGGACGGUACAGGCCCUCAAUGA